AUGAGCACCACCUCGCACAGCUGCGCCUCUACCAAUGAGAUGUCAGCCAGGCCCAAGACUGUCGACGGCCAGGACACAUACCGAAACGGACCUCAAGCCCAGUCGGACACCCCAGAAGCGUUGGCCGAGUACAGCGAAUACCUCAGCCGAUGUAUUGCCAUAGCUGACAACGAGACCGCCACCUCCACUGCUACGCAGCAGCAGCAGCAGCCGGGGAAGAAGCGGAAAUGGGCUUCUGCUCACAAAAAGUGA